AUGGCAAAGGAACAAUUACAAGUACUAAAUGCAUUAGAUGUUGCCAAAACACAAUGGUACCAUUUCACAGCAAUCAUCAUUGCUGGAAUGGGAUUCUUCACUGAUGCAUAUGAUCUCUUCUGCAUAUCCCUUGUCACAAAAUUACUUGGAAGAAUCUACUAUCAUGUUGAUGGUGCAAAAAAGCCUGGAUCAUUGCCUCCAAACGUUGCAGCUGCCGUUAACGGCGUAGCGUUCUGUGGAACGCUCGCAGGGCAACUCUUCUUCGGCUGGUUAGGCGAUAAAAUGGGACGAAAACGAGUCUAUGGCUUAACUCUAAUGCUGAUGGUUAUUUGCUCCAUAGGCUCUGGCCUCUCCUUUGGCCACAAUUCACAUUGUGUCAUGACUACUCUAUGCUUCUUUCGAUUCUGGCUCGGGUUCGGCAUUGGUGGCGAUUACCCUCUUUCAGCAACAAUCAUGUCGGAAUACUCGAAUAAGAAGACUCGUGGUGCGUUCAUUGCUGCUGUGUUUGCUAUGCAGGGAUUUGGAAUUUUAGGUGGCGGGAUAUUCGCCAUUAUCGUGUCGUCGGCAUUUAAGUCGAAGUUUGAUGCUCCAUCUUAUGCUGUUGAUCCAGUUGCCUCUACAGUGCCACAAGCUGAUUAUGUUUGGAGGAUUAUACUAAUGGUUGGUGCUCUUCCUGCUGCUCUUACUUACUACUGGAGGAUGAAAAUGCCCGAAACCGCACGCUACACCGCGCUUGUAGCGAAGGAUACCGCUCAAGCUGCAUCGGAUAUGUCGAAAGUUAUGCAAAUGGAUAUCGAGGGCGAAGGAGCAAAGGCUGCUGAGCCGACGCCAAGUGAUAGUGUUAGUUCAUAUGGCUUGUUCUCCAAAGAGUUCUUUAGUCGCCAUGGAACUCAUUUACUUGGAACUACAAGCACUUGGUUUCUACUUGACAUAGCCUUCUACAGCCAAAACUUGUUUCAAAAGGAUAUCUUUAGCGCCAUUGGAUGGAUACCACCAGCAGCCACCAUGAAUGCACUUGAAGAGGUCUUUAGAAUAGCAAGAGCUCAAACAUUGAUAGCCCUCUGCAGCACUGUCCCUGGCUAUUGGUUCACAGUGGCUUUCAUUGAUAGAAUUGGAAGAUUUGCCAUUCAACUAAUGGGAUUCUUCUUCAUGACAGUCUUCAUGUUUGCUUUAGCUAUUCCAUAUCAUCAUUGGACGUUAAAGGACAAUCGGAUCGGGUUCGUUGUCCUCUACUCGUUAACGUUCUUCUUUGCUAACUUUGGACCGAAUGCUACCACGUUCGUUGUCCCAGCUGAGAUCUUCCCGGCACGAUUCCGUUCGACUUGUCAUGGUAUAUCAUCAGCUGCAGGGAAGCUUGGAGCUAUGGUGGGUGCGUUUGGUUUUCUAUAUUUGGCUCAAAACCAAGAUAAGAACAAAACUGAGGCUGGAUAUCCUCCUGGGAUUGGAGUUAAGAACUCGCUUUUGUUGUUGGGUGCACUUAACUUCUUGGGGAUUUUGUUUACUUUUCUUGUCCCGGAAGCUAAGGGGAAAUCGUUGGAAGAGAUGUCGGGCGAGAUCGAGGAUAGUACCAUUGGGGAAUUGGGUGGCCAGACAUCUUCUAGUACGACACAGUCACGUGUUUGAAGAUUUCAUAUAUGGGAUUCUCGUUAUAAUAAAGUUGACAGGACGAUUGAUGUAUUUCUGUGUCAUUUCUGUUUCUUCGAGGUGCUCGAUGACAUGUAGUGACUAUCGAAAUUUUUGUGCUCAAUCUGAGAACUAUAAUAGUGAAUGAUUUUAGAAAUGUAUCUCCUUGUUCAUACUUUAUCUGUGUGAGAUCUCAUAUUGGUUAGAGGGGAACAAAC